UCGGGCACCAUAUCCGACGGCAGCACCACGAGCGACAUGAAGGUGACCCUCCUCCUCCCCCUUCUGGCCGCCGCCCUGGCCACUCCCACGCGAUACUCCUCCGUAUGGCCACCCCGAGUCCACCGGCCAUACUUCGUCCCAUCCUACGCUCCUGCGACCUACGAUACGACCUAUGAUACGACUUCCUCCUACGCCACCGUCCCGACGUCGAGCUUCGUCUCCGGUUCGAAAAGGAGUUCGAGCGCUUCGCAUCCCGCCAGCUUCUCUUUCCUCAGCACUCCCAGGCGUCCUUCCGUGCCGUCCUUCGCUCUGGCAAAGGCGAAGGAAGCUCAUCCUACCUACGCUCCUGCUCGGUCCUACGGGUAUGCGCCUGCUAAGAAGACCCACGACUUCGACUUCGCGGUGAACGAGGGCGGCAACAACUUCGGCCACCAGCAAUCGGACGACGGCUACACCACCAAGGGCUCCUAUUACGUGGACCUCCCCGACGGCCGGCGCCAGAAGGUGUCCUAUUACGUGAGCGGUGACUCCGGCUUCGUCGCGGAAGUCACUUACGAAGGGGUUGCCCAUUACCACGCCCCUAAACCGAACUACCACGCCCCGAAGCCCAACUACCACGCCCCAAAACCCGCCACGACGCCCACACCCGCAGCCUACCCGCCCGCACCCGCCUAUUUGGUCUCCUCCGCCCAUAUCCCAAGUCCUUUCCACGGCUGAACGUCUUCGCGUGUCUGGAGUGCCCGAGAGAUGAAGAUUUUUUUUUUGUAACGAAUUACAGAGCUAUAUUUAUUUACAUAUAUAUUAAAGGAAAGUUUAUUCA